AUUCCGCGAUGUCAAAAAUCAACCAUGUCAAAAAGUCAAAUUUGUUUAAUUUGUUGUAAGCUUUAACGUAAAACGAGAUUUCAAACCUAAUAAACCGCAAUUAAACCUUUAAAAUCGUUGUAUUAAAAUUCUGGAACUUUAUUUUUGUACAUUAUUUGUUACUCAUACAAUCCAACAUGUGUACUGAACAGAGUGCAUAUAUUCAAGAUUCACGUGGGGUUAAGCUGGAUUUAAGAUCAAAUGAAGAAUUUACCAUUGGUAGAGCUCUAAACCGUUCCUUAACAAUUGAAGAUUUAAGAAUUAGCCGUACCCAUUGUCGUUUUAAAGAAGUAAAUGGAGUUUGGAAUGUUGUUAAUGAGAGCGUAAAUGGAACAAUUGUUAAUGGUAAUCGCAUUCCAUCAAAACAAUUUCAUGUUUUGUCGAAUGGUGAUAUAUUAAAACUUACCGAAGAUAUCUUUUUUACUUUUUUUGCAAGUACACCUAACGUUAUGGGAAUAUGUGAUAUAGUUGAUAAGAUUGAAACAGAGCACCAUUAUAAUACCAGAUCAAAUACUACUUCAAACACACAGUUAAUUGAAAAUGUUACAAAUGGUCAAGAAAAAGUCGGUUAUGAGAAAGAUAAAGAAGGUGCUGGAGAGGCGUCUGAUGUUGCAGGGAAAGUGGUUGAACCAGUAUCUGAAAAAGUUGAAACAGAACUACAAUGUAGCAUUUGUACUGAGUUAUUUGUGAAAGCACAAACAUUGAAUUGUUCUCAUACUUUUUGUAACAGUUGUAUACAGGCUUGGAAAAGAAAAAACUACAUCUGCCCAAUUUGUAGGGCGAAAAUAAAAACUAUAACUCCAACUAUUGUGCUUGAUAAUUUAGUUAAUACAGUUAUUGAAGCAUCAUCUGAGGAAAUUAAAAAGAAUCGUCAACUCCUUCUUCAAGAGCGCGAGAAAUUGCCCAUAAAACGUUUAAAAAACGAUAGUAAAUUUAAACGAACUAGAAGGUCAGUUCGUUCACUCGCCAGUCGUGGUACUUCUGGAAGUACUAAUUCAGCUGGAGUUACACGUAACCUAAGAGCGUCUACAAGAGGGUCAACAGCUGCUGAAUCUGCACCACCAGAGGCAAUUUGGAUUAGUUCUUCUGACUCUGAUUCUGAGUCAGAUGAAUACAGUACUUUUGAUUUUGAUCUGGAUACCGAUUCAGAGACUAUGGACACAUUGUUGUCAAAUUUAGACGAUAUUAUGAACGACGAUGCAAAUGGGAGUAUGUUUUCGGCUUUUUAUUCAGAUGGGCAUAGUGAAUAUGUACCAGGCAACCCAGAAGUUUAUUAUGGUGGUUAUGGUUCAUGUUUCAGGUGUGGCGCGAGAGGCCAUUGGGCCAAUGGGUGUCCAUUAAGAUGAAAAAUUUUUGAAUUGUAAUUUAAUUUGUAAUUUGUUACCUACUUUUUCUAAUUUUCAAACUUUUGUUUCUAUUCUAUUCAAAUUCGUAGAUUAAAGUUUCUUUUCAAAGUGGUGUGAUUUUUAUAUCCAUUAUAGUUCAAGUAAGGGUAAAUUCAUUUAAAAUUGUAGAUAAGAAAAAUUGUAGAAUUAUAGAUAUUAGUUGUCGCAAAAGUCUUAAUUUACUAAAUAUAGAAUUUAUUAAUAAUUAGUCUCAAGGAGGAAAUUCAAUUACUUUUCUCAGAGUUAAGAGACAUAAAGUUUAAAGUAGAAUAAAAGUAUCACGUUGUAACUUUGAUCAAUCCAACUGUAAGCACACUCAAGUAAAUGUCAUCUCUGAAAAGCUUUCCUUGAUAUAAAUAUUAAAUAAAAGGAUUUAAGUGUCUCCUUUCUGAGAUAUCCUGGUCACGUUAUCGUCGAUGCCAAAGUAAAAGGUUAUUAUCGAUCCGGCUGAAAGCCUUAGUUAAAGUAUAUAUUUUUUAAGAAAUAGGAAUCGUAUGUACAGGAAUAUAUUAAUAAAAUUUUCUUACAAAUUUUCUUUUGUAAUAUCAAAUAUACCAUGAAGGAAUGUGGAUUAAGGUUCGUUUUCUUUAGAAAUGUCCAAUAACCACUAUUAUUGUUUUAUUUCAUUCAAUUACAUCUGGUUAACAAGUGAAAAAUAUCAAUUACCAAAAAAAUAAACUCUUUAAAUAGGAACUUAGCUUAAAAAUAAAAUGUUUUAAUUGAUUUAUUGCUACAAAUACAUUGUUAGAUGUUUUGGCACUUUACCUACAUAUUUAACGAUUUAUAAGGUACUUUAUCUUUAAUUUUAAAGCUUAACUUAUAUAACAUUUUUUAUUAAUACUGGAUGAAAUAGGGAAACAGAUGAUUUAUUAUUUUAGUGAAUAUUUUAAUAUCUGUUUCACCAUUUCAUCUCGUUUAGUUAUUAAUAAUUUUUAUAGUAAGUACACAUUUUUCUAAUUUAUUUAAAUAGAGGGGUUUUUCUGAAAUUCUCCGUUAAUAAUAGCAAUAAUUAAUUUUUUACUUCACUUUUAUUUAUUAUUUUUUUAAGUAACGUUUGCUCCCAAUGAUUUGUUCCAUUUGAAUAACUUGUAAGUUUUGAUUAACGAAUUAAAGCUUUCGAUUGAAAUUUGGAUUUUCCAAUAUUUGUUUUAUUAUUUUAUCUUACAUAAAAUAUCUCACAUUCAAGCUUUUUAAUUGACAAAUACCCAUAAACAAUAAUCUAAUAUCAAAUUAUACAUGUACUUGAUUAUUGAUAGUUAAAUACCGCGCAAACAAAUUUUCAUUUAAUUUAACAACAAAUUUCAAUCAAAAGCCGAAAUUUACAUUGAUAUGUAUUAUUUUUUUAAUCUCUAAAAUCGACUAGAAGACACUAAUUAACUUCUAUUAAUUGGAAUCACAAGAAGUGUGUAAAUUACAGCAAUUUUGCCUUCUUCUAACUUGAUACCAAAUAUUCUUAUAAUUCACUCUUUUUUACAAUUUUUUUUAAAUGUUGAAUAUUAAGCACUUAAUUUCAAAUCUAGUUUUAUCAUUAUAAUUUAUUAUUAAAAUAAAGUCUAUUUUAUUUUUAUCAACGAGGCAAGAAAACCCUAGAAAAUGUAUGUCAGUAAACGCUUAGUUUUUAAGGUUAAUAAAUACAAUCUCCAGGUG